UGACGUUGCACGCUUCAUUUACGCUUUUGUCCAGGCGCUGCAGCAUUAGCUUGCCUUAGCAGAUGCCUCAUCUAGUACACCAGUCAUAUAGAAGAAUACAGUAAUCCAUGUGUGUGAUGGUCAGGUGAAAUUGAUACCUAGAUAUUACAACAUGGCCCUUUCAAUGGAAACCCAGCUCCAGAGCAUCUUUGAAGAUGUGGUGAAAACGGAGAUGAUCGAAGAGGCCUUUGCUGGCAUGUUUAUGGACACUCCAGAAGAUGAGAGGACUAAAUUGAUCAGCUGUCUUGGAGCCUUUAGGCAGUACUGGGGGACGUUGCCACAGGAGUCUCAUGACCAGUGUGUUCAGUGGAUUGUGCGGUUUACUCACAGCCAACACAGCCCCAAGCGUAUCUCCUUCCUGUACGACUGUCUGGCCAUGGCUGUGGAGACCAGCUUACUACCACCCCGGAUGGUGUGUGUAGCACUGAUCAGCUCAGACAGCUUGGAGUGGGAGAGGAGCCAGCUGUGGGCUCUUACCUUCAAACUCAUCCGCAAGAUCAUCGGCGGGGUGGACUACAAGGGUGUCCGUGACCUAUUGAAAGCUGUGCUGGACAAGAUUCAGAGCAUUCCCACCACAGUCAGCUCAGCGGUGGUCCAGCAACUACUAGUCGCCAGAGAGGUGGUAGAGUAUAUCCUGGACAGAAAUGCCUGCCUCCUUCCUGCCUAUUUUGCCAUCACAGAGAUCAGAAAACUCUAUCCUGAGGGACAGCUGUCACACUGGCUCCUGGGAAGUCUUAUAUCAGACUUUGUCGACAGUUUCCGACCUACGUCCAGAAUCAACUCCAUCUGUGGCAGGUGUAGCCUGUUGCCUGUGGUGAAUAACAGCGGUGCCAUCUGUAACUCCUGGAAAUUAGACCCCAACACACUGCGUUUUCCCCUAAGGGGCAUGCUGCCUUAUGACAAGGACCUGUUUGAGCCCCAGACAGGCCUGUUGCGGUACGUGCUGGAGCAGCCGUACUCUAGAGAAAUGGUGUGCAACAUGCUCGGACUCAACAAGCAGACUCUGAACAUUGCCCAGCACAAGCAGCGCUGCCCGGUGCUGGAGGAGCAGCUGGUGGACCUGGUGGUGUACGCCAUGGAGCGCUCGGAGACGGAGGAGCACUUUGACGCCGACGUGGGCGGCACCAGCCAGCUGCUGUGGCAGCACCUGUCCUCCCAGCUCAUCUUCUUCGUGCUCUUCCAGUUCGCCAGCUUCCCCCAUAUGGUGCUGUCCCUGCACCAGAAGCUUGCGGGCAGAGGUCUGAUCAAGGGCAGGGACCACCUGAUGUGGGUGCUGCUGCAGUUCAUCUCCGGGAGCAUCCAGAAGAAUGCCCUGGCCGACUUCCUGCCCGUCAUGAAGCUCUUUGACCUGCUGUACCCCGAGAAAGAAUGUAUUCCCGUCCCGGACAUUAACAAGCCCCAGUCCACUCACUCCUUCGCCAUGACGUGCAUCUGGAUCCACCUGAACCGCAAGGCCCAGAACGACAACUCCAAGCUGCAGAUACCCAUACCCCACUCGCUGAAACUACACCACGAGUUCCUGCAGCAGUCGCUCCGCAACAAGUCCCUGGGCAUGUUGGACUACAAGAUCGCCCUGCUGUGCAACGCCUACAGCACCAACUCGGAGUGCUUCACGCUGCCCAUGGGCGUGCUGGUGGAGACCAUCUACGGCAACGGAUCCAUGCGCAUCAACCUGCCCGGCACCAACUGCACCGCCUCGGGCUCCGUGUCCCCCCUGCCCAUGAACCUGCUGGACUCCCUGACCGUGCACGCCAAGAUGAGUCUGAUCCACAGCAUUGCCACUCGUGUGAUCAAGCUGGCCCACGCCAAGUCCAGCAUCGCCCUGGCCCCGGCCCUGGUGGAGACCUACAGCAGGCUGCUGGUCUACAUGGAGAUAGAGUCUCUGGGCAUCAAGGGUUUCAUAAGCCAGCUGCUGCCCAACGUGUUCAAGUCCCACGCGUGGGGCAUCCUGCACACGCUGCUGGAGAUGUUCAGCUACCGGAUGCACCACAUCCAGCCCCACUACCGCGUCCAGCUGCUGAGCCACCUGCACAGCCUGGCUGCCGUGCCCCAGACCAACCAGAACCAGCUGCACCUCUGUGUUGAGAGCACAGCACUGCGGUUGAUCACGGCACUGGGCAGCUCUGAGGUGCAGCCCCAGUUCACGCGCUUCCUCAACGACCCCAAGACGGUCCUGUCGGCAGAGUCAGAGGAGCUGAACCGAGCUCUGAUCCUCACGCUGGCCAGAGCCACCCACAUUACAGAUUUCUUCACAGGCUCUGACUCCAUCCAAGGCACCUGGUGCAAAGACAUCCUGCAGACCAUCAUGACCUUCACCCCGCACAACUGGGCCUCACACACACUGUCCUGCUUCCCUGCUCCCCUGCAGGCGUUCUUCAAGCAGAACAACGUGCCCCAGGAGUCGCGCUUCAACCUGAAGAAGAACGUGGAGGAGGAGUACCGCAAGUGGAAGUCCAUGUCCAACGAGAACGACAUCAUCACCCACUUCUCCCUGCAGGGCUCGCCGCCCCUCUUCCUGUGUCUGCUGUGGAAGAUGCUGCUGGAGACGGACCACAUCAACCAGAUAGGCUUCAGGGACGGCAAACCCCAACUUAAGGUGCUGGAGCGGAUCGGGGCCCGCGCGCUGGUGGCCCACGUGCGCACGUUCGCGGACUUCCUGGUGUACGAGUUCUCCACGUCGGCGGGGGGCCAGCAGCUCAACAAGUGCAUCGAGAUCCUCAACGACAUGGUGUGGAAGUACAACAUCGUCACCCUGGACCGACUCAUCCUGUGUCUGGCGAUGCGCAGCCACGAGGGCAACGAGGCCCAGGUGUGCUACUUCAUCAUCCAGCUGCUGCUGCUGAAGCCCAACGACUUCCGGAACCGGGUCAACGACUUUGUCAAGGAGAACGCGCCGGAGCACUGGCUGCAGAACGACUGGCACAGCAAGCACAUGAGCUACCACAAGAAAUACCCUGAGAAGCUGUACUUCGAGGGUCUGGCCGACCAAGUGAACCCCCCCAUGCAGCACACGUCCCAGUACCUGCCCAUCUACUUCGGCAACGUGUGUCUGCGCUUCCUGCCCGUGUUCGACAUCGUCAUCCACCGCUUCCUGGAGCUCAUCCCUGUCUCCAAGUCCCUGGAGACCCUGCUGGACCACCUGGGGGGGCUGUACAAGUUCCACGACCGCCCGGUGACCUACUUGUACAACACGCUGCACUACUACGAGCGGCACCUGAGAGAGAGAACCAGCCUGAAGAGGAAGCUGGUGCACGCCAUCAUGUCUUCACUGAAGGACAACCGUACUCCGGGGUGGUGUCUCAGCGAGACCUACAUCAAGUUUGGAAUGAGCGCCCGAGAGGACAACGUGUGGAUCCCAGAUGACACUUACUACUGCAAGCUCAUUGGACGGCUGGUCGACACGAUGGCGGGCAAGUCCCCCGGUCCCUUCCCCAACUGUGACUGGAGGUUCAACGAGUUCCCCAACCCGGCCGCCCACGCCCUGCACGUCACCUGUGUGGAGCUGAUGGCGCUGACAGUGCCCGGCAAGGACGUAGGCAACGCCCUGCUCAACGUGGUGCUGAGGAGUCAGCCUCUGGUUCCCCGAGAGAACAUCACAGCCUGGAUGAACGCCAUCGGACUGGUGAUCACCGCCUUGCCUGAACCCUACUGGAUCGUCCUCCACGACCGCAUCGUCUCGGUGAUGGGCUCCCCCACGCUGACGACGGAGACGGCGUGGGCGGGCUGCCCCUUCGCUCUGCUGGACUUCACGGCCUGCCACCAGAGCUACAGCGAGAUGAACUGCAGCUACGUGCUGGCGCUGGCACACGCCGUCUGGCACCACUCGUCCAUCGGACAGCUCUCGCUCAUUCCCAAGUUUCUGUCAGAGACGCUGAAGCCCGUGGUCCAGACGGAGUUCCAGCUGCUGUAUGUGUACCACCUGGUGGGGCCCUUCCUGCAGCGCUUCCAACAGGAGAGGACGCGCUGCAUGCUGGAGAUUGGCGUGGCGUUCUACGAGAUGCUGCAGGCGGUGGAUCAACACAGUCAACACCUCCACUUCAUGGACCCCAUCUGUGACUUCCUCUAUCACAUCAAAUACAUGUACACGGGAGACAGCGUCAAGGAGCAGGUGGAGAAGAUCAUCAUGACUCUGCGUCCGGCCAUGAAGCUCCGCCUCCGCUUCAUCACCCACAGCAGCAAGAUCGAGACGUCUUCGGCUGCACCGCCCUCCUCCUCCUCCUCCUCCUCCACCACCACCACGUCCUCCGCCUCCGCCCAGCCUCCAACCUCCUCCAUCUCUGUCUCCUCCCCCUCAUCCACGCAGCACACUCCUAUGUCAGUAGGCUAGGGAGCGGUGGACACACGCGCACAGAGAAGGGGCGUUCUGUACAUAAAAUACACAAAUGUGCUCUCAAGCCACAAUCAUUUUUUACUGAAUUGUUUUUAGUUUUUCCAUCAUGACUGAAAUGAACAAACAAAAACAAAAUAGGAAAUUCUCCUUUGUUAAAUACAAAUAAAACGUCAGUAAAAGGUGGUCACCGUGACCAAAGCAAUUUGAAGUUGGAAUGUCUUAUAGACUCAUGCAUAUACUGUAGUCCUGGUGAAGUAGCCAAGUACUGGGUUUCUCAUCUUCAUGGAAUGGAAUGACGGAAUGAGAUCUAGUGAUCGAUCAUGACAUUGUGUCAGUGGCCUUAAUCAUUAAUUGCGUAUCAUGCAGCAAAUAUUCAGUAUCAUGAAUUCAUUGUUUUAAGUCCUUUUGUAAUAUGUUACAUUUCCAUAAGGUAUGCCUUCCGUACGCAAAAUAAAUUGAUUUUCGUAAUUUUGUAUGAGCUGUCCCGUGUCAUUGUACAACCAAUUUGUAGAUAAAUCAUUGACCUUUCAUAAUAAAAAUAAAUAUCAAUUCAUAGGCGUUUGGUCCUGAAGCUGU